AUGUAUGAACCCAUCUAUGGAUUUUAUCAACCAGGAUUAGCCCCAGAGCCCUUGACGUUGGAAAACUUUGAAAGUUUUGACGUUGCAACUGUCUCAACCAAUCUGCCUGGGUGCCUUUGGAGACCCUGUCUCUGUUUCGGGCACGUGCCAUCUACCGAGUCUAUUCCCCCCAUGGUUGACAUCUCAGGAUGUUUUUCCCGUGUGACAAUUCUUCGCUGCAGGUCAAUGGAGCCCGUGGCCAAUGUCAUGUCUUUGAUUGCUGGUUACAUUCGGGUAUUCGAUCUUUGGACAGGGGGCGAAAAGCUAGCUCGGUCUCCUAGCGGUAGAGAGAGCUAUUACCACAUCCCGGAGUCGGGAUUGCUGACUUGGGAGCAUUAA